AUGGAAUCCCAGACCUUCCCCAGUCUCUCUGGCAACCUCGACUGGACCCCAUGGAAGAACGGUCUUCGUGACGAGCUGUCGACGAUUGAUCGCUACGCCUGGGAUGUAAUCGAAGGCAUUGCUAUCUGUCCCGAUGCCAGGAAUCGAGUCCCAUCGAUGGAAGUGGCAACCACCAAACUCACAACCAACAACAACGACCCCGUCAACGCAUCGACCGAAGACCAAAUCAUAGAAAACACCAACAGCCUCACAACCGACCUCGCUCCCCAGCAAGCCGACGAUGCCAUCACGCUGGAGAUCUGGAACCGCGCCAACAACCUAGGCCUCAAAGCAAUCCGCGCCUCGACCUCCACCAUCCCAUUCGGCAUAAUCCUCGGCAUUACCAGCUCCCGCCAGGCCUUCCUCCAGCUGGAAAACCUCUACGGCAAGCCGCAACCCAACUUCGACAUAGUGCGUGCCAUGUACCACGACUGGUCUCAGAUGCGCUUCUCCGACAACGAGGACCCCGCCGUCUUCGUCCACUGCUUCUGUCAGGCCUUGAGUAUCAUUCGUUCCCAGCCUUGCUUUGUCCAUUCGUCGUCUGAGUGGCUUGUCUUCAACACUGCUGUCAAGGAUACGAGAUUCGGCUGGGAAUUUCUGGAUACCAACCGUUUCAUCAAUCAUGGUGCUGAGGGCUGGAUGGACCGUGUGUACCAGGAAUUUAUUGAGUAUGUUGCGACCAGGCAGUACCCGCCUGAAAACGAGGAGUCUGAUGAGAUUUGGUCGGAUGAGGUUGAGUCUGAUGAGAACUUUUUGGGCUCGACUGCCCCUACUCUUGUUGAUGAUGACUCUACUACUACUGAUAGCUCCCUGGAAGACCUGUGA